AUUAGAUUGGGGUGUCUUGAGCUAUAAGGCAGCACUUUGGGAGGCAGACGUUUUAGAUCCUUCUUAGCAUUAACUCCAAAGAUUAUUCUUUUGAAAUUGAAUAACAAUAAUUGUCUUCAUUUCAGGAACAUUUUUAUAUACCCAUGAUAUUGCAACAUUUUACCUAUUUACGGAUAAAUGGGACUUGUCUUUUAAAAUACAGUAGUCUCCUCUUCUUCAGGGUUUCCCUUUCCAAGGUUUCAGUUACCCAAGAUAAACUACAGUCCAAAUACCAUCAGAAGGUCAACAGUAGCCUAAUGCUGUGUCAUAAUGCCUAUGUCAUUUCACCUCACUUCAUCUUAUCAUAUAUAUAGGCAUUUUAUUAUCUCAUUUUCAUAAGAAGGGUGAGGUUAGCACAAUAAGAUAUUUCGAGAGAGACCUACAAUCACAUAACUUUUAUUAUUUAUACUGUUAUAUUGUUAUAAUUGUUCUGUUUUAUUAUUAGUUACUGUUGACAAUUUAUUCGUCAACUCAUACAAACUUCUGUCUGUAUUAAAGAUGUUAAACAUCAACAACUCUUAUCAUUUCUUUGCCUAAUACAGUUGUUCCCCCCCUUAUCUGUGGUUUUGCUUUUCACAGUUUCAGUUACCCACAAUCCACCGUGGUCUGGAAGCAGAUGAUAUUCUUUGUCAAGUAUCAUCAGAAGGUUGGCAUGUUUAUGGCCUACUUCAGAGGUCAGACAAGAAAUAUGAUGAAGCCAUUAAGUGUUACAGAAAUGCGCUAAAGUGGGAUAAAGACAAUCUUCAAAUCUUAAGGGACCUUUCUUUACUACAGAUUCAAAUGCGAGAUCUUGAGGGUUAUAGGGAAACGAGAUAUCAAUUACUUCAGCUUCGACCUGCACAGAGAGCAUCAUGGAUUGGUUAUGCUAUUGCUUACCAUUUAUUAGAAGAUUAUGAAAUGGCAGCAAAGAUUUUAGAAGAAUUUAGGAAAACACAACAGACAUCUCCUGAUAAAGUGGAUUAUGAAUAUAGUGAACUCCUUUUAUAUCAGAAUCAAGUUCUUCGGGAAGCAGGUCUCUAUAGAGAAGCCCUUGAACAUCUUUGUACCUAUGAAAAGCAGAUUUGUGAUAAACUUGCUGUAGAAGAAACCAAAGGGGAACUUCUGUUGCAAUUAUGUCGUUUGGAAGAUGCAGCUGAUGUUUAUAGGGGGUUACAAGAGAGAAAUCCUGAAAACUGGGCCUAUUACAAAGGUUUGGAAAAAGCACUCAAUCCAGCUAAUAUGUUAGAACGACUAAAAAUUUAUGAGGAGGCCUGGACUAAAUAUCCAAGGGGGCUGGUUCCAAGAAGACUGCCAUUAAACUUUCUAUCUGGUGAGAAGUUUAAAGAGUGUUUGGAUAAGUUUCUGAGGAUGAACUUCAGCAAGGGUUGUCCACCAGUCUUCAAUACUUUGAGGUCAUUAUACAAAGAUAAAGAAAAGGUGGCAAUCAUAGAAGAAUUAGUAGUAGGUUAUGAAACCUCUCUAAAAAGCUGCCGAUUAUUUCACCCCAAUGAUGAUGGAAAAGAGGAGCCACCAACCACAUUACUUUGGGUCCAGUACUACUUGGCACAGCAUUAUGACAAAAUUGGUCAGCCGUCUAUUGCUCUGGAAUACAUAAAUACUGCUAUUGAAAGUACACCUACAUUGAUAGAACUCUUUCUUGUGAAAGCUAAAAUCUAUAAGCAUGCUGGGAAUAUUAAAGAAGCUGCGAGGUGGAUGGAUGAGGCUCAGGCCUUGGACACAGCAGACAGAUUUAUCAACUCCAAAUGUGCAAAAUAUAUGCUAAAAGCCAAUCUGAUAAAAGAGGCUGAAGAAAUGUGCUCAAAAUUUACAAGGGAAGGAACAUCAGCGGUAGAGAAUUUGAAUGAAAUGCAAUGCAUGUGGUUCCAGACAGAAUGUGCCCAGGCUUAUAAGGCAAUGAAUAAAUUUGGUGAAGCACUUAAGAAAUGUCAUGAGAUUGAGAGACAUUUUAUAGAAAUCACUGAUGACCAGUUUGACUUUCAUACAUACUGUAUGAGGAAGAUUACUCUUAGAUCAUAUGUGGACUUACUAAAACUAGAAGAUGUACUUCGACAGCAUCCAUUUUACUUCAAGGCAGCAAGAAUUGCUAUAGAGAUCUAUUUGAAGCUUCAUGACAACCCCCUUACAGAUGAGAAUAAAGAACAUGAAGCUGAUACAGCAAACAUGUCUGACAAAGAGCUAAAGAAACUACGUAAUAAACAAAGAAGAGCUCAAAAGAAAGCCCAGUUAGAAGAAGAGAAAAAAAAUGCAGAAAAAGAAAAGCAGCAAAGAAAUCAGAAAAAGAAGAAGGAUGAUGAUGAUGAGGAAAUUGGAGGUCCAAAAGAGGAACUUAUCCCAGAGAAACUGGCCAAGGUUGAAACUCCAUUGGAAGAAGCUAUUAAAUUUUUAACACCGUUGAAGAACUUGGUGAAGAACAAGAUAGAAACUCAUCUUUUUGCCUUUGAGAUUUACUUUAGGAAAGAAAAGUUUCUUUUGAUGCUACAAUCAGUAAAGAGGGCAUUUGCUAUUGAUUCUAGUCAUCCCUGGCUUCAUGAGUGUAUGAUUCGACUCUUUAGUACUGCAGUGUGUGAAAGUAAAGAUUUACCUGAUACAGUUAGAACAGUAUUAAAACAAGAAAUGAAUCGUCUUUUUGGAGCAACAAAUCCAAAGAAUUUCAAUGAAACUUUUCUGAAAAGGAAUUCUGAUUCAUUGCCACACAGAUUAUCAGCUGCCAAAAUGGUAUAUUAUUUGGAUCCUUCUAGUCAGAAGCGAGCUGUAGAGUUGGCAACAACACUUGACGAAUCCCUCACUAACAGGAACCUCCAGAUAUGUAUGGAGAUAUUAGAAGCCUUGUGUGAUGGUAGCCUAGGAGACUGUAAAGAAGCUGCUGAAGUUUAUAGAGCAAAUUGUCAUAAGCUUUUCCCUUAUGCUUUGGCUUUCAUGCCUCCUGGAUAUGAAGAGGAUAUGAAGAUCACAGUUAAUGGAGAUAGUUCUGCAGAAACUGAAGAACUGGCCAAUGAAAUUUGAACAUCAUAAAACAAGCAAAUGGAAUGACUUUGGACCAUAUCUAGUGUAUAAUAUUUUUGUCACGCACCUGCUGCAUUGCUCUAACUUACACAGAAUGAGAAGAGUACAUGUUCUUGCCUUCAAAUAGUGUUUUACGUUUUUUAUCCUGCUGAAAAAGUAUAUAUAAAAUAUCUAACAUACUACAGGAUAUAGGUUCAGUUUCUUAAGAAAUUAAAAGCUGCUAAAAUUGAGGGGAUAAAAAAGAUACCUUAUUCUAUUCCUACCUACCCACCCAUGUUUUUAAACUAAUUUAUAUAAACUCUGGAGGCUGUUACAGCUAACAAAGCAGGUGUGUGGCAGAAAUAUUACUUUAAAUUUGUCUUGUGAGAUUUUACUAUAUCUCAGACAGCAGAAAUGCUGUUUUAGCACUGGAUUCUUUCACUGAGCACAAAGAGUUGUUGGGGCUUUAGCAUCUGACUGAUUUUGUUACGGGGUUGAAUCUGACCAUAGGAAGUAUGCAAUGUGAAUCACUAUUUACAGAGAAACUACAACAGAUGUUUGAUGUUGUAGAAGCUGGGAUGUAGAGAUACCAAGCAGAAUUAUGAGACCUAGAGGGUGUUCAGUAUGCUUGUUGUGUUUCCAAAAUUCACUGUACAUGAUCAGUUUGGUGUUCUUGUACCACAGUUUUUAACUGAAGGAACCAGUUGGAACAAUCUCAAUUUUAACUGAAACUUGAAGAACUAAAAUAACAAUGCAGGCCUUUCAGCAUUGUUUUGGCCAAACUUGUUAAAACUGUAAUGCAAGAACCAAAUGCACUGUGAUGUGGCACCAACUAAUUAGCAAGCAUGAAUUUUUUCACCCAAGAGUGAAAAAAGAAAAUCUACCAUGGCUUGAAGUUAAAGAGCAGAACUCCUGACUACCAUUCUGACUGAUCAAGAGACUAAUAGAUAAAAACCUCAGCAGGCCUUGUUCACGAUAUGCAGAAAAAAGUGCUGCAGUUUAGAUACCUCUGGAAUUUUUCCACAGUGUCACAGGUUUGUAAUACUUGAAGCCCUACAUUUCUAAGAAUAUAUUUCUUGCUCAGUUGUUUCAGGCAAGCCCAAGACUUUGUAAUUUUUAAAGGGCCCAAGAUUUUUUUUUUUUCAAUAACAGACCAGCUUCUUUUUCCUGCAGUUACAGAUGUAAUUUCCUUUUUGUUGUCAAACACAAGGUACCAAAUAUGAUGCAAUAAAUUGUUUUGAAAAACAACUGUGUGAAUAUUUCAGCUAAUCUUUGUUGGGCUUCUGUGAAAAUACACAGGUGGAAACAGAGGUGCAGAGCCAGAGGCAGUGUAUUGUGCUGUCAGGCUAGUUCAGGUGGGAAGUUUUAGAAUGGGCUAAAUGCUGGUGUCAGGGAAAUUCCAUAAUGCAAGUGUAGUGGUCCUGUGUUAAGAUUUUAUUGAGGGCUAGGGUGGCAGCAGGCAUUAUGAAUGUAAUUUUUAACUCAUAAUUUGAAAGGAAAUCUGAAAACUGCUAUUUUGAGAAAAUGAGCCUUGAAAUGCUAAACCUAUACACUGAGAACUAGCCUCAGGCUCACUAUUCUCAUUGCAUUUGCAAGAUCUGGACAAGAUGAAGUAAAAUGAAUGAAUUGUAUUUAUAAUUGACUUUUCUGUGGUACUUUUAGUUUAUAGAAAGUAUAUUCUAAAGGGAAUUUUCAGGAGACUUGUUCCUUUUACUGACUGAACUGUUGUGCUAAACGCAGCCUUUUAUAGUACGUGACCUGCAUUCCACAUCCCGGUCUAACAAUCUAGUGACAUUAAGACAAGUACAAGUUGAACUCCAGUACUGUGUUAGGUUUUAUUAACUGGCCCUGUCUCAGGAACACCUUAACAGAUGGCAAAAACAAACCCUUUUUCAGCUUCUCCUAUGAGUGGCUACUGAAGUGCUUACUCUUGGGACAGAACACUAGUGCUACCUCUGCCGCUACAGAGGUGUUUGGAGGAGGCACCAGCCAUAUAUACUAGGGGAUGUAUGUGUGGGUUAUGUUUAAACUCUACUGUAUAUUGAAAUGAAAUUCAUAUAUUUGUCUUGACGAUGUUCAAACUAUGUAGAUUGUCUUAGAAUGAAUAUUCAUUCUCAACUCGCAGAUUCCACCUUAAGGAACUUAAAUUCCUAACAUGUAUAUUGUAUUCCAACCCAGUUUUACUGGAAUUAUUGAAUAAAUAUUUUAUUUUCUUUCAGGUUUACUUGAUAGUGGAUACAUUGUCUGGUGUCAGAGGACCUUGACAGGGUUCAUUUUAUGUCCAGACAUCACCCUUAAGACAUUGUACUGUACUUUCGUGCUCUGAGUAGUAUCAACUGGAUGGAUCAUCUCACAUUUGCCUCAUUCACUCUUUUAAUUCCAAAUGAUGCUGUGGGGGAAAAACAGGGUUAGAAAAACAAGUGGAAAAAAAAAUGCAGUGCUGUUGUAUUCUUAACAAGUGCCUUAUGUUUAUUGCUAAGAACUGGUGUUAUCAACCCUUUUGAAGAAAGGGUCCCUUGACCUGUAUUAACAUAGGAAAGUAAAGUUAUUUUUGUUUUUCUUUAUAUUUACUACUCUUGUCAUUUCUCAUUUAAAAAUUAAAAUCUGAGGUUAGUGUACUCAAUUAGAUAGUUGAGUCAUUUUCAACAUUUGUAUUUAUUAUGCAUAAGAACAAAGCGUGACCUAUAAUAGUAUGACUAACAGUAGUCCCAACAUAGUGAAUAGCUUUUCUGGGGUCUUAUCAGGCCCUUGUUUUUCACAGUGUUGCUUGUACUCCAUGGUGUGUUGCUGUUAAGAGCUGUGAUUGUAAAAGAGGCCAGGGAAGUGUGGUCUACAUUCAGGUAGGUGGUGAUAAAUUCAGGAAAGUUUCUCUCCUGCACAAUUUCUAGGAGUAUUUCAGUUGCCAUAUGUAGCGUGUUUGGAAAAAAAAGGUAAAAAGUGAACUUUUAGUUUUUCUUAGAUACGUGUGUGCUUGUCUUAGUAUUUACCAGCCUUAAAUUUAGAAAUUAAGAAUUCAGAGAAAGACUGACCUUUCAGAUAGAAGGUAGUCUUCCUGUUCUAGUUUAUGCUCCACCUCUUUACAGGCAAGGUUUCUUGAUAAUAUUCUGCUAUUGUCUGAACUUUGCCCAAUCCACUACCAAACCUAAAUUAAAAACAAAGUCCCAUGAAAUGGCUAUGUUGCACCAUAAGGAGCUGAAACCUUAAGUUUUGUUCCAGUUUUAAUGGUUCGAAAUCUUACAACUUUUAGCAAUAAAAUGUUUUUGGAAAAGGUAUUCUUUAUUGAAUUGCACUUUCAUCUUUCUAAUAUGUGACCCACAAGAUGGAUGUUGUAUUGGUAACAUACAGUAUGUUUUGGAGAAGAGAAUACAUACCGUAGGUUAUACAGCCUAUUGAACACUGCUGGUAUGUUGUAAAAAUGCACAGAAGGAAAGGGAGCAGUAUGUUGUUGGAAAGAGGGUCUAAAGGUUUCCAGCCUCUUGGUUUAUCCAGUUGCCUUUGAAGCAAUGCCAUUUUGGGAUUAUAGGAAGAAAAAAUUGGUACUUUUUAAAUUUGAAAUUUUACUAAAUUGUCAACUAUAGGCAAGCUUGGGAACUUAAUCUUCAGUGCUUUUUCUGGAGUUCUAUGUGCCAAAAAGAGAAUAUAGACCUUCAAGGCCACUUACAGCAAAAAUGAAGUUGAUACUUGGCAGUCUAACAAGACUGUAAUAUAGUUCUUAACAUGUCAAAAAUAUAAGGCCUUUUUGUGUAUUUUAAGGGACUACUAUUUCAUACCAGUGGUACAAUUCUUGCUAACUGAAAAAAAAAACUGAUGGUGAGAAAUAUAUAAUGGAAAUUUUCCUACCUGUAUUACAAGAUUUUUGCUGUUAGUAAAUCUUGAACUUGGCUUCAGUAAGUACAAAUUAUCUUCUCGUUUAGAAACAAGAGUAAAGAGAUACUUGGAGUAUGUUGUGGAUCCCAUGGCUUGCUUUCAGCUAAUUACAUUUGCCUUCUAUAGCUUAGUUACUGUGCAUUGUUUAACAAACAAAGCCUCUUCUGUUUAGCAUUCUAUGAGUAUCUUUCCAAUCUGUCUUAGUUUCCUAACAUUGGGCUUUUUAAAAAUAAACUUGUCACUUGUUUACUUUGA